CCCUCCCGCGAGCACUCCAUCCCCCGGCAAACAUUCCAGCUCUCUGCGCAUCCUUCCAUCCCCUCCCGCGAGCACUCCAUCCCCCGGCAAACAUUCCGGCCCUCUGCGCAUCCUUCCAUCCCCUCCCGCAAACGCUUCAUCCCUCCCUGCGCGCCUUCCAUCCCCCCGCGCACCCUCCACCUCUGCGCGCCCCCCAUCCUUCCGCGCACUCCUUCAGCCCCCGCUCCCCCUCCAUCCCCCCGCGCACUCCUCCGUCCCUCCGAGCAUCUCUCCACGCAUUUCUCCGUCCCUUCGCGCAUCUCUCCGUGUCCCCCCCCGCGCACCCUGCGCCUGCCCCCGCGCCGGCAGGGCCGCUCCUGCGCGGGGAUGGAGGAGCGGCCGCGCUUCCUCUGCGGCGUGGUGGAAGGUUUCUAUGGGAGACCAUGGUCAAUGGAUCAGAGGAAACUUCUCUUUCAAUGGCUGCAAUGCCGGGGGCUGAACUGCUACAUGUACGCGCCCAAGGAUGAGCUGAAGCACCGGCUGCUCUGGAGAGAGCCCUACACAGAGCAUGAGGCAGCCCGCAUGCGGUCUCUCAUCGAAGCUGCCCACGAGCAGGGUGUGGAGUUUAUUUUUGCCAUUUCUGCUGGCCAGGACAUGGUGUUUUCCAGCUCUGGGGAUCGGCUCCUGCUGCAGCAAAAACUCAGGCAGGUGGCUGCCAUGGGGUGCCGCUCCUUCGCGCUGCUCUUUGACGACAUCGACCCCUGCAUGUGCCAAGCUGACAGAGAUGUCUUCCCCUCCCUGGCACAGGCUCAGGCCUCUGUGGCCAACGAGGUGUACCAGGAGCUGGGCCAGCCCUCCGUCUUCCUCUUCUGCCCUACAGAAUAUUGCAGCUCGCUCUGCUCUCCCAGCCCCAGCCAGUCCUGCUACCUGCAGACCAUCGGCCAGGAGCUGCUCCCAGGGAUCGGUGUCAUCUGGACAGGCCCGAAGGUGGUGUCACAGGAGCUCUCAGCAGUGCUGCUGGAGGAGGUGGAGGCUGUCCUGAAGCGUCCCCCCGUCAUCUGGGACAACCUCUACGCCAAUGAUUAUGACUGCAGACGUGUCUUCCUGGGCCCCUACAUGGGCCGUGCUCCUGGCCUCAUGUCCAGGCUCCACGGGCUGCUCCUCAACCCCAACUGUGAGCUCCAGGCCAACUUCAUCCCCAUCCACACACUGGGCACUUGGUUUCAGAGUGAGCUGGGGAGCUGUGCCCACCCUGACCCUGCAGGAACAGAGGUGGUGGCAGCCUUGGGGGACAACCAAGAUGCUCAGGAUGGAAGCUACAGCCCCCAGGAAGCCUUGGAACUGGCGCUGCGUGACUGGGUGGCUGAGAUAAACCAGCAGGCCUUGGAGCCAGGAGGAAGGACCCCAGGACACCCCAGUGUCAGCCUCAAGGGAGGACCAAGGCUGCAGCCUGGCACGGUGGGAGGACAGGAGGUCACUCCCCACCCUCAGCCCCACAGCUCUGCUCCUGCUGGGGCAGAUCAGCACAGCCCUGAGCCCUGCCGAGUGGCACCAGGGGAGGGGUGCAGGGAGGUGACCUCGGAGCCUGAGAAGGACAGUGGGAACAGGACACCCCCUGGCCAUCAGCAGAGCCCUACAAGGGCUGGGGAACAGCUGACCACAGGGAGCACGGAGAGCUCUGAGCCCUCCUCUGCUCUGCCCAGUGUGGCUGGGAGUGCCCAGUCCGAGGGAAUCCCAGCGGCCACCAAGAGCCUCCCCAGCCCCACCACGAGCUCCAGCAAUGGGAACAACACCAGUCAGAACAUUUCCUUGCCCACCAGUGAUGCCAGGACAGGGAAUGGCAGCCCUGUCCAGUCUCCCAGCAGCACCCAGCCUGAGGCCAUGGGGACUGAUGUGCCCCAGAUACCCCCAGGAACUGGGACUGGUGCCAGCCCUGGUGCCCCAGCCCCACUGACUGAUGAGGCUGGUGCCAGCCCUGGUCCCAUGGCACCAGUGACCCCCAAGGAGGCCACAACCAGCCCCACAGCACAGGUGACCCCAGAGGAGCCCAGGACCAGCCCCAUGGCACCAGUGACCCCAGAGGAGGCUGGGUCUGGCCCCGUGACCCCCAAGGAGGUCAGGACCAGCCCCAUGGCACCAGUGACCCCAGAGGAGGCUGGGUCUCAACCCAUGACCCCCAAAGAUGCCACGACAAGCCCCACAGCACAGGUGACCCCAGAGGAGGUCAGGACCAGCCCCAUGGCAGCAGUGACCCCAGAAGAGGCUGGGUCUGGCACCAUGACCCCCAAAGAUGCAAGGGCCAGCCCCACAGCACAGAUGAUCCCAGAGGAGGCCAGGACCAGCCCCACAGCACCAGUGACCCCAGAGGAGCCCACGACCAGCCCCAUGGUACCAGUGACCCCAGAGGAGGCUGGGUCUGGCCCCGUGACCCCCAAGGAGGUCAGGACCAGCCCCAUGGCACCAGUGACCCCAGAGGAGGCUGGGUCUGGCCCCAUGACCUCCAAGGAGGCCAGGACCAGCCCCAUGGCACCAGUGACCCCAGAGGAGGCUGGGUCUGGCCCCAUGACCUCCAAGGAGGCCAGGACCAGCCCCACAGCACAGGUGACCCCAGAGGAGGCCAGGACCAGCCUCAUGGCACCAGUGACCUCAGAGGAGGCUGGGUCUGGCCCUAUGGCACUGAUGACCCCAAAGGAGGCCAGGACCAGCCCCACAGCACCACUGACCCCAGAGGAGGCCGUGUCCAGCCCUACAGCACCACUGACCCUGGAGGAGGUGCGGAUGCUGGUGGAGCUCUUCUACCUGCCCUACCACCACGGGGCUCUGGCACAGGAGCUCCUGGAGCACUUUCGGUGGCUGCGGGCUAACAGCCUCAGCGUGGGGGUCCCGGCCACGGCACCUGAUGCCUGCGGGGGCACGCGGUGGCGAGGCCGGGCUCAGUCCUUCCAGCUGCUCUGCGCGAGGACGUGCCGCCUGCACAGCCGCUUCGUCAGCACCGCCAGCCGGGCGCUGCUCUAUGACCUGCACCCCUACCUCUGGGACAUCCGCAACAUGCUGCUGGCCGCCAGUGCCUUCAUCCUCUGGCUGGAUGGUCACCUCCUCUGCGACCCUGACCCCAAGGGCACCUGGGGGAACUGCUUUGGCUGGUGCCAGAGUAUCACUGCCCCCAUCCUGCUGGGGAGGGACGCCGAGCCCUGGGCGCGUCGCGGGGGUCUCUUUGGAGAGCUGCAGGCACUGCUGCCCGUGGGGAACAGCUGCGACCUCUUUUACCAUCCACCCCCCCUCUUCCCAUCCAGCCAGCUGUACCUGCUGCGCCCGCUGCUGCCCCUGGACAAGGGAGAGCUUUACCGCAUGUGCCGGGAGAGUUUGGACUGUGAUCCUAAAGUGGCAGAGAUCCUCGUGGCCCACCCGGAUCUCCUCGGUGACAGGCUCCUGGGCAGCUUCCUCAGCCUGAGCCCCGAGUACACCUUUGUGCUGGAGGAUGAGGGUGGCCCCUGUGGCUACGCCGCCGGAGCGCUCCACGCCGAAGGCUUCCUGCAGCAGCGGGACAGCAGCUGGCUGCCAGCCAUACGGCACAAGUACCCCCCAGACCUGGGCACAGGGAACCCAGCUCUGGGACAGGAUGCCCUGGAGGAAGCAGUGCUCUUCUUCCACGCAGAGCCACUGGCAGUGCCCCAGCCUGUGCUGAGGCGCUUCCCCUCCCUGGUGCAGCUGGGCACGGCCCCCCGUGUGCUGGACGUGGGGGCCAGUCGCAGCCUGGCCCUCUGCCUGCUGAGCGCACUCAGGGCCAACGGCUCACGGGGAGUGUUCUGCCAGGUCAGUGAUGCCGACCGGCAGCAGCUGAGCUUCUACAGCAAGCUGGGCUUUGUCGCCCUGCCGGUGGCCUGGGGCAGCUCUCCUGGCGCUCAGCUCCUGGGACGUCUCCUCUGACGGGGCACAGGGAGGCAGUGCCCCAGGACAGGCUGGUUCCCCAGGCCAGGCUGAACCCCCCAUCCCACACAGCAUCGGCCUGAGCAAGCGGGAGCAGAGGGGCACCUCGAGCAGGCCAGGUACCCAUGAGAGGGGACACGGAGACGAGCAGGAUGUCACUGGGAUGUGUGCAGGGCUCUGAGGUACCUGGGUAGCAGAGAGCUAUUUCUGCUGCUCACAGGAUUUGGCCACCUCUGUGCCACCCCAACUGUUCCUGUUUGCUGGGUACCCUCCACCUUUUCUGGGGAGCCAGGCUGUCUGCAGACCCUCAGGCCUGCAGGAGCCCAUGAGCAGUGUUUGGGUUUGUGGUCCUGGAGCACAGCACGGUGCCUUAGUGCUACAGGAGUGUCCCUAUCAUGCAGGCUGGGCUGUCCAGCUCUCUCCAUGGCCUGGGCAGCCGGUGCUGGGGCUGGCUCUCGGCACUUCUUGUGCCUUGCUUGUCAGUAUGGAUUGAUCUGCUAUGGGACGCGGUGAGGCAGCCUCUGUUUUUGUGCCUGGGGCCUGAGGGAAGCGCUGUCCUUGGCAAUAAAGCGUU